AUGUUUAUAGCACGAACUACUUAUACACUUCGUAUUUUUUAUGCCGGCGAUAUUAAUCGUGAAUUAUAUGGGUUUUAUAUGAACCACUAUAUCGAUAGUAGUGGGAAUAAAAACAUGUUUAUGACAUCUGGUAUGGAACCUACUAGUGCUCGAAGUGUACUUCCAUGUAUUGAUGAGCCUGCGCGUAAGGCUAUUUUUAAAAUGAGUGUAGUACAUGAUCCGUUAUAUACUCCAUGGUCCAAUGGAGAAAUUGAAAGAAGGGAAAUACUCAGUGAUGGACGAAUUAUUUCAUAUUUUACUCCAACACUACAAAUGUCCACAUUUCUUUUGGCACUUAUUGUGGCACCAACAGCCGAUUUUGCCUGUUUACCUGAUCGUGUUGUAGGUUCGAAAAAUACUAAAUCACGCGUGUGUGGACGUACCAAUAUUCUUUCACAACUAACCUAUGCUGACGAAGUCGCCUACAAAACGUUAGAAUUCUUCAAUACAUACUUUAAUAUUGACUAUCCCUUACCAAAAAUCGAACAUUUUGAUGUUAUCAACUUUCCUGGAGAAGCAAUGGAAAACUAUGGUAAAAAUGGUAGAAUCGAAAUCGGUAAUUGA